AUGUUUAAAGGCCUUUCAUACUUCAGACCUGACAUUGCCCCUUUAACAAAACUGAAAAAAAAAAAGAGAGAGAGAGAGAGAGAGAGAGAGAGAGGGAGAGAGAGAGGGGGGGUGUUUUCCACUUUUUGUUUCCUGUGUUUGGUUUCACUUCUCAUGUUGCUCCUCAGUGCGGUCUUUUUACAUGUUUUUUUUUCUGAAUUUACAGUGUCCUGGACAGGUAUGAUUAAACACAGCUGUGUGCUAUGUGGUUUUAUUAUGAGUUUUGACUUUUCAGUCCGUAAAAAGAACUUUUCUACACUGUUUUAUUGAUGUUUUGUCGACCUUAUUCAGAGGAUGUUUAACUAACCUAACUGUCCUGUAACUUUCUUCACUAUCGAUCUAUACAGAUGUUUUUUUACACAUUUUAUUCUGUUCUCACAUCAUGUGACUCAAUUUAUUCAGCUUAUGUGUCAACUACAGUGUAUUAAACUCAGCACUUUACUGUUGAUGGAUCUGAACUAAGAUAGCAGACUUUGUGCUUUGUCGAUUUACCAUAUUGUUAAAGUGCAUCUGAGAUUAUUUUGCUCUCUUACAAAAAAUGUUGACCAGAUAGUGUGUAAUUACUGAUAUUUGUUAGUUUCUGUGUUUGCCACAAACCCUAACCUGCUCUACAAUUAUUCUGUUUGACAUGCAGGGCUGGAUAAGUUUCAGUCUCUGCUGACUUAUGCUGUAGAUUUGUAGCCACUGUCUAUAAACGACAUCCGAGGUUUUAAGAAAAUGUUAAAAAAAAUAAUAAAAAUAAUAAAAGAAAAAGGUUGCAAACGUCAUGAUACUCUCAGUCAAGAAUGAUUGUCCUUCAUGGGUUUCUUUUCAGUGACUCAAAACCAUGAAAAAUGUUUUCUUUGAUAUAUGCUGAUGAACCAUAGAGAGUGAUAAUGACAAUCAAUGAAAUGUUUUUCCCCUCUACUUGAAUUUAAAUAAGUCAAUCUGUGUGUAAAUAUUUUGUCAAAUGUGAUAACACAGCUCAAAAACACAACUCUGCAAAUAAAAACAUUAUAAGAGUGUUUUAUAGUAUUUAUAGUUAUUACCUGAUGAAUGUAUUUCUCUCUCUUCUCUUUAAGUAAUGGAGGAAAUUAAAUCCUUUGAAACUACAGAAAUUCAGCCACAGCCCUCUGGCCCUCUGUCUCCACAAAUCUACACUCCUCCUCCGCUGAGGGAUGGUGAGUGUUACCAUGUCUUCAUCAGCUACAGCAGCACUGACUACCAGUGGACCCACUCCCUCAUUGAGCAGCUGGAGUCCUGCGGCCUGCAGGUCUGCUACCAUGAGCGUGACUUCACUCCAGGACGCACCGUGUUGGAGAACAUGUCAGACUGCAUCCAGGAGAGCCAGAAAGUCCUGCUGGUCCUCAGUCCAGAGUUUGUGAGGAGCCGCUGGUGUCUCCUGGAGGCCAACAUGUCUCUGUUCAGGGACUGCCUGGAGAGGAAGCCAAUAGUUCCAGUGCUGCUGGAGCCUGGAGUCUCUAUUCCUCUCCACCUCUGCCACCUCACCUACCUGGAGGUCAAUGACCCUGACUUUAAGAGUAAACUGCUCAAGGUGCUCUGCACCCCCAACCAACAGCUGCAGGGCUCCACUGUGGUUCCCUUCCAGCCUCCCUCCAUCUACAACGGGAAGGCCCUGCAGCCUUUGUCUGCUGUCAAUAAUGAAAGAAUGAACAAUUGGGAAUCAGGUCUGUUCAGUGACAUGGAGGUUCCAGACCAACUGCGCCUGAUCAUUGAGGACCACAACAAGUACAGAGAGGCUGUGAGGAUCAUCAACAGUGUCUCUGAAUACAAAGUGUGGCUGCGCCCACUCUGGCUUAGAGUUUUAAUGUAUGUGAUUGGUGUGUUUUCUUUUCUAAUCUUUAUAGGCUUUUUAAUGUAUUUUAUGUCAGUGGCCUUUAACCCUGAUGAUCCAUAUCUUGGCUUAAAUUAUAUUGAAGUAAUGAUCUUUUUUUUUAUUUGCCAGUACAGCUGUCCCGUGGGUUUUCUUAUUCAGCUUUGUCUCUGGAUGAGGGAUAGUAAGAAACACAUUUUGAAGGAGAUGCAGAAAGCUGCAGGCAGAGCAAACAUGAUCCUCUUUGAGGAGAAAGUGUUAAUGGGAUGUAUGUCCACUUCAACAAUCUAUCUGGUGUAUGUUUCUCUGGACGGGUGUAAACAGGAGUUUGCAGAAACAUUUUCUGAGCAGGAUGUUGCUGAGGAGAUGUUUCAGAGAGCUAUAAUGUUCUUCUCAUCAGGUUACACCUGCUGCCUUGCUAAAAGGCACUUUCCCUUUACCCAGCCCAGCUCCACUGGUCACCUGGAGGGAGGAGUGUGUUUCUGUCAGUAUGUCUCCCAGCAGCUGAGUACAGAGACGUGGGAGUAG